AUGGAUUCGAAGAUAGAAUUCUCUGAAGUAGAUGAUGAAGAUGUUCAGUCAGAAGUCAAUGACAAACUUGGAAGUAGAACUUUUUGGGUGCUUUUUUGGAUUUCUAUGACUUGCAUCUUGAUUGUUAUAUUAAGAUUGUUAGAGACUUACUUUGUUUAUGACGUAUUUAGCAGAACAAUUCCUGGAAGUUGGUAUCUUCUAUGGCUUCCAAAAAAGACUCUAUACUACUUGGGCGCUGAAAAGUUUCUUGAAUAUAAAUAUGAGGAGUACAUGGAAGGCAUGCCCAAAGAACUCGAGAUGCUCCUUAGUGUCAAGAGGAAUUUUUGUAUGACAUUCGGGUUGCUUAUACUUGUAAAUAUAGCAUCCGAGCUGUUUCCUAUUAGUCUUAUUCAUGCACUUAAUUUGAAGUUUAAGGCUAUUGACUUCUGGAGACCUGUCAUGAUAGGAAUUCGAAUUUGUAUUCUAACAACUCUCUUAAGAGGCAAGAAUAUAAAGGAAAUAACCGAUGGGUUAAGCCCAGAAAGUGUUAAUAACUUGUUGGCAGCACAAUACUGCUUUACUUCUGCUUGGGAACUUUUUAAAGAGAUAGAGAACAACACAGUCAUAGAGGUAAUUGUAAGAGUAAUUGGAUACUGGAUAAUAACCACAACCAUUUCCAAAGAAACCUCAAGCCUAAUAGAAAGCAGCGUAUUGGAAAGAAUAAUAAGGCAUACUAAUAUAUAUUUUUCUAAAAAACACCCAGAAACUACUCCAAACUCUGAUAUCCAAAAAAAGUUUCUAGAUUUUCUAAAAAGCGAAUUAUCUUCAAAAUCUAUGUCAUAUCUCUUGGCGACAAUCCUUACGCCGUUCUUUUGUAUAUUUAUGACGUAUUUCCUUUUGAAGACAACAGAGAAGUUCGAACAGAUGGUUUAUAGAGAGCUGGAGAUCUCUGACAAAUUUAUACGUCCAUAUAUCAGAGUCUUAACCAUUAUAUUUAUAAUACUUUUCUUGCUAUAUGCAUAUCAUGAAAUUUUGACAGUAGUAGAUAGAUUAGAAGAAAAAGUACGUACGGAAAAAAUGUUUUCUAAUCCUAAUCAGAAGGAGCUUUGUGAUCUUAUUAGUAGUAUAGAUUAA